AUGUCUGGCUCGUUUUGGAAGCUUAGCAAUGGAUUCACAUCCUUGUCCAAUGUGUCCGCCAUCCUAGAGUCGUACGACAUGCCUGUCGAGGGCGACGAGUCUUCGUCCAUCGCAGAAACACUCAUUAAGCUCUUGGACGAGAGCGACUUGCUCCAGGAAUUGAUGUCCAACAACUCCCUGUUGUUGGAAUUCUUGAGAGACCAUCGUGUCUUGACUCUACUCGUGGACUUGCUCAUCCAGGAGUCUCUCACUGGCAUUCAGCUCGAAGAGAGCUUGAAGCGGUUGACGCUAGAAGCGGUCUCAGCCGAGAAGAGCCUGUCUAAAUCCUCCGCAGACGAUGACGUGGAUGUCGAUGAUGAUGCAAAGUCCUCCGAGUCAGAGCUGUCUCCUUUGGAAUCUAACGAAAUUAAGGAAGAGACGGAGUCUUCUGCUGACGAUAAUGCAGCCUCCUCUUCCGAUUCUCCUUCUGAGACCUUGGAGGAACGUAGCACUCGAUACGCUGCUCUCGCCGCUGAAAUACUCUCUGCCGACGUUUGGUCCUUGACGGAUACCGUCAUGGACUCCACACAAAACCUCAACAAAUUGUGGUCUAUCCUUGAUAUUGAUCCACCAUUGUCAAUUAACCUUGCGACGUACUUCAUGAAAAUUAUGGAGCACUUGCUCGAUAUGAAGUGCGAGGAAAUGGUCACAUACUUGAUUGAUAACCAGCCCUGUUUGGUGGAAAAGUUCAUCAAGCACUUGGCUAACCCUCCAUUGAUGGACUUCUUGCUCAAGCUCAUAUCCACCGACAAACCCGACAACUCCACUGGAAUCAUCGACUUCUUGCAAGAACAGAACCUAAUUGACCACCUCAUAAAAGCUUUGGAUGCCGCUGAAGCUUCAGAAAUCGAUGCAGAAACUCUUUUGGCCAGACAAUCUUCGGCCGCAGAUUUUUUGAAAGCGCUCAUUACCAUCUCGGCAAACUCCACAACCGACAACUCCACCAUUGGCCCCAAUGAAUUAACUAGAGAAUUGGUAUCUCGCGAUAUCAUGUCCAGCCUUUGCGACAUCAUGUUGCAAGGUGGCUUUGCUUUGGGUAAUGGUGUUGGAAUCAUCAUAGAGAUAAUCAGAAAAAACAACUCUGAUUAUGACAUCCUUCCGGUGCUUUAUAUCACUCUAGAGAGCCAUCCUCCAACAGGCCGUGAUCCUAUCUAUCUCGGCCAUUUAUUGUCUAUUUUUGGUAAUCGUAUCGAUGAGUUCAAUAAACUUUUGAUGCGUCCAAACCCGACGGGCCCGUUGAAGACUACAUUCGGAGAGAUUGAGCCUUUAGGUUUUGAAAGAUUCAAAAUUUGUGAGUUGAUAGCUGAGCUCCUCCACUGUUCCAAUAUGGCUCUUCUUAAUGACAACAAGGGCUUUGAUGUUGUGAGAAUUCGCGAUGAGCUCAGAAAGAAGAUGAAGGCCAUUGAUCCUGUCAGUUUCAAGUAUAACGAGAUCAUCGAAAUGUCACAAAGCGAUUUGGAGCCAAGUCUUGAAGAAGAGAAGGAAAUCAACAAAAAGUUUGAGGGUCAGAUUAAGCGCCUGUCUAAAUCUAGCAACAACGACACAUUUGAGGAUACUAUCGACUCUUUCAAUUCCAAAAUUCAAGGUAGACAGAGCGAUGAUGAGGAGGAAGAAAUCCAUGCAAACGCCAAUCUUACAGAGGAGCAAAUCAGAGGCAACCCAGUUAUUGGUGACUACCUCAAGAUUGCUUUGUACGAUACCCAGAUUAUAACUAACAUUUUGUCCAUGUUCUUCAAGUUUCCUUGGAACAACUUUUUGCAUAAUGUCGUUUUUGAUAUCGUGCAACAGGUGCUCAAUGGAUCCAUGGACAUUGGCUUCAACAAAUUCUUGGCUAUCAAUACUUUCUCUUCCGGAGAUAUCACGCAUAGAAUAACUGAGGGCCAAAGAUUGUGCUCAGAAUACGAAGAAGAGCAUGGUGGCCUUAGAUUGGGUUACAUGGGUCAUUUGACUCUCAUUGCCGAAGAGGUUGUCAAAUUCAUUCAGCUUUAUCCAGUCAACACUGUCAGUCCUCUAAUUGACGAGAAGAUUGAGGGCGAAACUUGGCAGGAAUAUGUCAACAGAGUCCUUUAUGAUACCCGAAAGAAAUAUAAUGCCAUCUUGGGAGGCAGUGAUGUUGAUGAAGAUGAUGCAUCCAACACCUUCGACGAAAGCAACGGAGAGAUAAUUGAAGAAAGCGAUUUAGAUGGCAACAUACAUCUCGAUCCCAUCAUCGACCAUGAUCUCAUGGGUGGAGAGUACGAGGAUCAUGACAAGGAAGAAGAGUUCAGAGAAGAUAUUGACGACAGCAGACUUGACGUUCACAAAGAUGACGUGAAGUUUAGCUCAAGCGAUGAAUCCGAAUCUGAAGACGAUGACGACCAUUUCGCCAGCUACAUGUCUCUGCAAUUGACUAAUUCCGCUGCCGGAGGCUUUGUUGGCAGUCAUAGCAAGAACAAGGCCUUCAGUGAUAAGAAGUCAUUUGACAACAUUUACGAUCGUGUGGACUACAGAGAUUUAGAUGGUGGUGAUGACGAGGAUGAUGACUACAUUGACCCAAACGAUGACGGUAUGUCUUAUAAAAAAGCGAAUUCGCUAUACGAUCCCCUGGGUCUCUUGAUGAAUGAUCUGCUCAGAAGAUUCGGUGGAGAUAGGGAUGUUCUGAGUGAGGAUUCCACCAGCAGCUCUGACAGUGACGAUGAAGGACAAUUGGAAGACAAUGUCAUGGAAUCCCAACAAAACAAACUUACUAGAGCUGCCAGUAAAGGUUCCUAA